AUGAAGCCAAAAAGUAUAUUUUGCAGUGGUGAAACGGAAGAUGAGCUGACUUCUGUAAUCAAAUAUGAAAUUGCGUUUGAUGCGGGUGAUUUUGGGGCGCAUAUGGACGCGGGAGAGGGCGAUUCGUCUGAAGAGGAGGACGCGGAAGGAACGAGUUCAGGAGAAGAGGAAGGCCAGGAAGACGACGACGAAGAAACUGAUAGCGGUGAUGAUCACGAGAGUGAUCCAGGAGAUGAGUAUGAAGAUGAGCGUUUAGAGCGAGAGCGUAUGAUUGAACGUGCGAAAACAUCGGAUAGGUUUGUGCCGAGAUUAUGA